CUCGUCUAGAAAUUUCAACUAAUGUGCAAAAUAGUUUUACUCUGCUUAAAUGGAUUUUUGAGAGAAUUUAUGUGAGGAGUUUGAUAUUCAUUUGAGAAGGAUUUUCGUGACAAUGAUCGAGGAAAUGGACGGGACGCACGAGGCAGGUCUCUGGAGAGUGGAGCCGCUCUGCUCCAUGGCGGAGGCCGACGACUUCGACCACCUGUCGAGGUUGCUGGACCGGCCGAGGAUUAAGAUAGAGCGAAAGCUGUCAUUCGAUGAGCGGUCAUUCAGCGAGCUCACGAGCAAUCUCCGGUUGGUGGAUGACAUGUGUUCCCCUGCUGCCGGAAGGACAUUCUCGGAAAUACCAACCUCGUCGCCUCGUGACUGGUUUGAGCCACAUCCGAUGAUCGCAGAGGCAUGGGAUGCUCUCCGAAGGUCCAUCGUGCUCUUUCGUGGGCAGCCUGUUGGGACCAUAGCUGCCCUUGAUCAUUCCUCGGAGGAAGUCCUUAACUAUGACCAGGUCUUUGUGCGCGAUUUUGUGCCAAGUGCUUUGGCUUUCCUUAUAAAUGGCGAGCCCGAGAUAGUUAAAAACUUUCUGUUGAAGACGCUCCUCCUCCAGAGUUGGGAAAAGAAAAUUGAUCGAUUCAAGAUUGGGGAAGGGGUCUUACCAGCAAGCUUCAAGGUGAAACAUGACCCUGUUAGGAAAAGUGAAACACUGAUAGCAGAUUUUGGUGAGAGUGCAAUUGGUAGGGUUGCACCCGUUGAUUCUGGUUUUUGGUGGAUUAUUCUUCUUCGAGCCUAUACAAAAUCUACUGGAGAUGUGUCUUUAGCAGAAACACAAGAAUGCCAGAGAGGGAUGAGGCUUAUGUUAUCUUUAUGUCUCUCGGAGGGAUUUGACACAUUCCCUACCUUAUUAUGUGCUGAUGGGUGCUCAAUGAUAGAUCGUAGGAUGGGUGUGUACGGUUAUCCCAUAGAAAUUCAAGCCCUCUUUUUCAUGGCUCUUAGAUGUGCAUUAGCCAUGCUUAAACCUGAUGCAGAAGGCAAAGAAUUUAUAGAGAGAAUCGUACAGCGUUUGCAUGCCUUAGGGUAUCACAUGAGGAGUUACUUUUGGCUGGAUUUCCAACAAUUAAAUGAUAUAUACCGCUACAAGACUGAAGAAUACUCUCAUACUGCUGUGAAUAAGUUCAAUGUCAUUCCUGAGUCAAUCCCAGAUUGGAUAUUCGAUUUCAUGCCUUCUCGCGGCGGUUACUUUGUUGGAAAUGUCAGCCCUGCAAGAAUGGACUUCCGAUGGUUUGCCCUUGGAAAUUGCAUUGCCAUAUUAUCAUCCCUUGCUACACCAGAGCAAUCAGUCGCCAUUAUGGAUCUCAUUGAAGAGAGAUGGGAGGAACUGGUUGGUGAAAUGCCCUUAAAGAUAUCUUAUCCUGCUAUAGAAGGCCAUGAGUGGAGAAUUGUGACAGGGUGUGAUCCUAAAAACACAAGAUGGAGUUAUCAUAAUGGAGGAUCUUGGCCGGUGCUUCUAUGGCUACUCACUGCAGCCUGCAUCAAGACCGGCAGGCCACAGAUUGCAAUGAGAGCCAUUGAGCUCGUGGAGAACAGGCUUUCAAAGGACGGCUGGGCAGAAUACUACGACGGAAAGCUUGGAAGAUUCAUCGGCAAGCAAGCAAGGAAGUUUCAGACAUGGUCUAUCGCCGGCUACUUGGUGGCGAAAAUGAUGCUCGAGGAUCCUUCUCAUCUUGGAAUGAUCUCCCUCGAAGAGGACAAAGGGAAGAAGCCUUUGAUAAAGAGGUCAGCUUCGUGGGCUGCCUGAUACUCAAUUGAGGUCAGCUUCACACCAUUCUUUGUUGGAAUUCACUACUCAUCUUGUGACCUUUCCGACUUCAAAAUGUCUGUUAAUGCUCUGGAGUUCUAUAUGUGAAACAUUUAUGGCAUCUCCAUCGUUAAUAAAAUCGAGCUGUGUAUCGAUGGCCUCAUUAUGCUACUGUUGGUUAUGACGUGCCAUCCGCACUCGCCUUCUUUUGCCUCCGUCGCCGUAGCACCCCGAAGCCAUGUCCUCCUUCCUCACCACCGCCUCAUUUGUCUCGCUGUCUCCGCCCUCGCCCUCUCCUAGCUCCGUCGGUUCUGCGACGCCGCCGCCGCCGCCGAGAUCGACUCCCUCGACGCCCCUCUGGAUUCCCCUCGCUUCCGCUUCCAGUCGUACGCUUCUUCUACCCCGGACGUUCUGGUUCAAUGAUCCCAUUCGCCCUCCGCUUCCUCCACGCUGAGUGACCUUCCCCAGCGCCUCGGUACCAGAUCCGUCACCGUCGACCGCCUCUACGCCCUUUACGACCUCGUUCAAUCCGAGAUCUGGGAGGAGAUCACUACCGCAUCUGCAGAUCUAUGGCGCCGCAGGGAGGCGUUCGUGAUAGCUGUCCUCUGCGGCAACCGCUUCGUCCACCGGGAGUUCGAGGCGGCUCUCGCGUUGGUUCGGCUGCAGGAUCCAUCGAACCCUUCGCUCCUCUCCCGACUCGGUUAUGUCCAACUCCAGAUCGGUGACCUGACUGGCGCUAAGGCGCCAUUUUCGAUGUUGGAAAGCCUUCACCACCAAUCUCGGGGGACCGGACAUUGGAAUUGGAAAGCUUGUGGGGAGGAACAGGGCACCGGCGUCCAUCGCUGCCCAGGAUAGUGCAUUGAGAGGGAUGCUGCUGAUGCAGUGGCACUGAAGAUGGUGCUAGGGCGCUUCGGUAAGGAUUCCAAGAAAAUGAGGUGUGAAGCAAAUAAUCUUCUUUUUGUAAAAUAGAAUUUCUUAUUUUUAUAAUAUAUUUAUUGUAAAGUAGUAAUUAUUAUAU